GAGAAAUUCAACAAAAAUGUUUUUUUUUCUUUUUUUUUAGAUAGUUUUACCUCUAAUUAAGCAACAGGGAUAAAAGAGCAAAUUGUUUAGUACGAUGAUUAGAGAACCAUUCUGUAAUUCUAAUUUAAAAUCUCAUUGCAAUAUUAUCAAAGAAGUUUUUUAACUUUUUGUAUCUAAUGUGCUUGAGCAAUAUUGAAAAUUUGAUUAUUUUGACUUCCGUAUCUCCAAAUCUAUCCUAGCUGGCUUUAUGCUCAACUUAAAUUUUUUUAAAUUAUUAUAUAUAAUUAUAUAACCAUAUAAUUAUUAUACCACAUUAAUGUGUUCUAUAUAACAUCACAAAUAGCGUACAAUUCGAUUUGAAUUUCGAGGGUCAAAAUUAAAUGAGCGAAAUGCCCUCUUUAAUCGUAGUCAAUUGUGUUUCAAGUGCAUGAAGUGUAACAUAGUGCAGUUACAAACUAUCUUUUUGUAAAAGUUUAUUGUCUUUAAUUAAAGUUUUCAUGCAUAAACAUGAUUUGGAGCAAACAUUGAUAAUAGCGCUUAUCAAUGUGCGUUGCGUAAACACAUGAAGCCUAAUUGAUUUCAACAUUUACGAUUGCGUGCGCACAGUGAUCUGGUCGCAAUCAUUUCAAUACAGUCAUCUUAAAAUCGCGGGUUUUUCCGACGCAUGCACGCCAUUGUCCCUUUUAUAUGCGUGCGUAAAUGCGCGCAGCUGCUCACGUGACUGCAUUGACAGGUUUGUGCCAAGGGGAUGAUGAGCCCAAAAUUAUUUCUCACCACUAGAUAUUAUGUUAUUUUUCAUUCUGAUAAUAAUUAUCUUUUAUGUUUUUUCUAUUUUUUUUCUAGCUAAACUCUUUUAAAUAAUUAUCUAGAUUAAAAUAAAAUAAGUUACAUGUAAAUGAAUCUUUGAUAAACAUAAGUAUCUAUUUAGCUAGAUUAAUUUUUAGAUAAUACCGAGAUUUUUAGCUUUUUAACUAUUCAGCCUCGAUUAUUUAAUUAAUCAAAAAUCUUUAUUCCAUUUUUGACAAUUUCCACUUCGCGCUCGUGUGACCGGGCCUUGCGCUACCACUUAUCGACAUGCUCAAGUACACCCUUGCACACCUGUGCUGCCGCGCAUGCGUGGGGAAUCCGGUACAACAUGGCGUCAAUGGCGAGGGACGGCGGUGUUUGACGCGGUGCGUGCGGUACGGUUAACUUGUUGUCGAUGCAUCGGCAACAACCGUAAUUGGCCAACGAAACGGUCGUCAACGAUACGUAUACGAGCGGAACGUGCGGUCCGUGCAUGACACGGGCACUCGAGACGUGAGUACUACGCGAUCGGCGAGGAUUUAGAGGAGACAAACGAACUGUACGCGUAGAGAGAUAGAAAGAGAGAGGAGAGACCGCGGCGGGGGCAAGAUGUCCAAGCCGGACGAGAACGCGGACACCGGCGACACCGGGGACAACUCAAAUGGGUCCUCGGCGGAGACCACGUCGUCGAGGGGCGGCGAUUUCGAGACGAAGCUCGAGACGGAUCGAAGCAAGCGAUUCGACUACCUGCUGAAGCAGACCGAGAUAUUCUCGCACUUCAUGACGAAUAAUCAGAAGGACAAGGCCAGCAGUCCGUUGAAAAUUAAAGCCGGCAGGCCCAGGAAGCAGCCGGAGAACCCCGUCAAGACGGACACCGGCGACCAUCGGCAUCGCAAGACCGAGCAGGAGGAGGACGAGGAGUUGCUGGCGGAGAGCAACGCGAGCGUCGCCCCUACCACGCGCUUCGAGUCGUCCCCACAUUACAUCAAGUCCGGUGAGUUGCGCGACUACCAGAUACGCGGCCUGAAUUGGAUGAUAUCGCUCUACGAGCACGGCAUAAACGGUAUUUUGGCGGAUGAGAUGGGUCUCGGCAAGACUCUGCAGACCAUCUCUCUGCUGGGGUACAUGAAGCACUUUCGAAAUAUACCUGGACCUCACAUUGUCAUUGUGCCGAAGUCAACGCUGGCCAAUUGGAUGAACGAGUUCAAGAAGUGGUGCCCGAGCCUCAGGGCUGUCUGCCUGAUCGGUGACGCAGAGACCAGGAACACCUUCAUCAGGGAUGUGAUGAUGCCCGGCGAGUGGGACGUGUGCGUGACGUCGUAUGAGAUGGUGAUCAAGGAGAAAUCCGUAUUCAAAAAGUUCAACUGGCGCUACAUGGUGAUAGACGAGGCCCACAGGAUAAAGAAUGAGAAGUCCAAGCUGUCCGAGAUCCUAAGGGAGUUUAAGACCACCAAUCGGCUCCUCCUGACGGGCACGCCGCUUCAAAACAAUCUCCACGAGCUGUGGUCCUUGCUGAACUUCCUUCUACCAGAUGUAUUCAACAGCUCCGACGACUUUGACUCGUGGUUUAACACAAACAGCUUUUUAGGUGACAAUUCUUUAGUCGAGAGAUUACACGCCGUCCUGAGACCGUUCCUCCUGAGACGCUUGAAGUCCGAGGUGGAGAAGGGGCUCAAACCCAAAAAGGAGAUCAAGGUGUACAUUGGUUUGAGCAAGAUGCAGAGGGAAUGGUAUACCAAAGUGCUGAUGAAGGAUAUAGAUAUCGUGAAUGGCGCGGGGAAGAUUGAGAAGAUGAGGCUGCAGAACAUUUUGAUGCAGCUGCGUAAGUGCUGCAACCAUCCGUACUUGUUCGACGGCGCCGAACCCGGGCCGCCGUACACCACCGACGAGCAUCUCGUUUACAACUGUGGUAAAAUGGUGAUACUCGAUAAGCUGUUGCCAAAAUUGCAGCAGCAAGAGUCUCGAGUUUUGAUUUUCAGCCAAAUGACGAGAAUGCUGGAUAUUCUGGAGGACUACUGUCACUGGCGAUGCUUCCAGUACUGUCGACUGGACGGCAACACCGCUCAUGAGGACCGGCAACGGCAGAUAAACGAAUACAACGCGCCUGGUAGCGAAAAAUUCAUCUUUAUGCUGUCGACUCGUGCCGGCGGGCUGGGUAUCAAUCUGGCGACUGCCGACGUGGUGAUCAUCUAUGAUUCCGACUGGAAUCCGCAAAUGGAUCUGCAAGCGAUGGAUCGCGCGCAUCGUAUAGGCCAGCAGAAACAGGUGAGAGUGUUUAGGUUCAUCACGGAGAACACGGUGGAGGAAAAGAUCGUCGAGCGGGCCGAGGUCAAGCUGCGCCUGGACAAGCUCGUUAUCCAGCAGGGACGGCUGGUCGACGCCAAGCAGCAGGCGUUGAACAAGGACGAGAUGUUAAACAUGAUUAGGCACGGCGCGAACGAGGUGUUUGCGUCCAAGGACAGCGCUAUCACCGACGAGGAUAUCGACACGAUAUUGCAGAAAGGCGAGGCCAAAACGGAGGAGAUGAAGCAGAAGCUCGAGAGCCUCGGGGAGUCUUCGUUACGCAAUUUCACCGUCGACGCGCCGACGGAUUCCGUAUACCAGUUCGAGGGCGAGGAUUAUCGCGAGAAGCAGAAGAUCCUUGGAAUAGGCAACUGGAUCGAGCCGCCCAAACGCGAGCGUAAAGCCAAUUAUGCCGUCGACGCGUAUUUCAGAGAGGCUCUAAGAGUGUCGGAGCCGAAGGCGCCGAAAGCACCGAGGCCGCCGAAGCAACCCAUAGUGCAAGACUUCCAGUUCUUCCCGCCGCGACUUUUCGAGCUGCUGGAUCAAGAGAUUUAUUAUUUCAGACAAACAGUCGGCUACAAGGUCCCGAAGAAUCCUGAGCUCGGAUCGGACGCCGCCCGAAUCCAGAAGGAUGAGCAGCGCAAGAUCGACGACGCCCAGCCACUUACCGACGACGAGAUCGCCGAGAAGGAGAAGCUGCUGCUCCAGGGCUUCACCAACUGGACCAAGCGGGACUUCAAUCAGUUCAUCAAGGCGAACGAGAAGUACGGUCGCGACGACAUUGAGAACAUAGCGAAAGAAGUCGAAGGGAAAACACCGGAGGAAGUGAUGGAAUACUCGGCCGUUUUCUGGGAGCGUUGCCACGAGCUCCAGGACAUAGAUCGCGUGAUGGCGCAGAUCGAGCGCGGCGAGGCCAAGAUACAGAGACGUGCCGGCAUUAAGAAGGCCCUGGACGCGAAGAUGGCCAGAUACCGGGCGCCCUUCCACCAGCUCAGGAUAGCCUACGGAACGAACAAGGGCAAGAAUUACACCGAGGAGGAGGACAGGUUUCUCGUCUGCAUGUUGCACAAGCUCGGUUUCGACAAGGAGAACGUGUACGAGGAGCUGCGCGCCACGGUAAGGUCAGCGCCGCAGUUUCGCUUCGACUGGUUCGUCAAGUCCCGCACCGCGUUGGAGCUGCAACGUCGCUGCAACACCUUGAUAACUCUAAUUGAACGCGAGAAUCAGGAGCUCGAGGAGCGCGAAAGACAGGAGAGGAGAAAGAAGGGCAGUAAUCUAGGAACGAAACCUUCGUCGAAGCGAAAGGAAAAUCUGCAGCCGCCCCAGGACAAGCCACGGAAAAAAAAGAAGUAAAUGACCGAGUGCAUCGAGCGAAUCUGCCUCCCACCUCACUCCUUCCCCUCCUCCGAACUCUUUAGAACAUUUCUCACGAUUCUCGCGCAUUAAAUACGACUGAAAUACGGACCAUGGGUAUUCACGCAAGGCACUCUUUUCUACAUUACAAAUUAAACUUCAUCCUUACCGCGGACGUACUCCAUGUGUGUGACUCCAGACCUACCACUGCAUAUUCCAUAUACGAGAUACAUUCUUAGGUAAUGACUGCCAAGUUCAUCAGGCCUCAUCGUUUUGUAGCGACACAGACUUUAGAUCGUUUACCAUUAAUUGAUCUCGAAACAUGUAUUCGCGUAACCGCGAAACUAGGUUAAUUUUGUUGACGAUGCAGAAUCGUCAGAUACUUACGCCGCAAUACUUCCCGAUGGACUUGGGCAGAACUCAACGUUGCGAGUGUUUUUCACGUGCUCACGGAUGCCUGAUUAUGAAAUGCGAGAAAGAGAACGAAAGAGAAGCGUAAGAAAAAGUACACUAUUUAUUUCACUGGAUCUAUCAAACUGUAAGUUGUUAUUAAAAUUCUUUUCCCUUGUCGCUUUGACAGACUCAGAAAUCAACAUCGUCCUAAAUGUAAAUUGGUCAAAUUAAGAUGUUCAUAUCAUUUUUGUUAAUUUGAAUCGUGUACUAACUUAUAGCCUAUAUAUUAUGCAUUAUGUGUUGCAACAAAAUUUUUUUUUAUAAUCCUAAAAAAAAUAAAAAAAAACAAUUAAAAUUAGUUCAGGAUUCUCGAAAUUUAAAACAAUUAGUAAUUGGAAAUUAGGCUUAUGAGAGUCAGCUCGGGUAAAAGUGCGUAAUCGUAUUAAUAUUAUACAAAUUAUUUAUUCAUCUUUAAAUUACGUUUGUUCACUUGUAAUUUAAAGAUGAAUAAAUAAUUUGCAUAAUAUUAAUACGAUUGCGCACUUUUACCUGCGCGGAUUCUCAUUAGCGUAAUUUCCAAUUACUAAUUGUUUACAAAAAAAAUCUCAAAGUAUUAUUGCGAUAUGAUAUAUAAAUGGUAUAUGCUGAUCUAUUUUAUAGCCAAAAGUUACUCCGUAAUACGUAUUCGGAGCGGUAUUCUUCCACGUUAGUCUCGAGCGCUGUCACGGGCGUAGUUUCAAUGAGGAAAAUUGCUGCUCCAUUUGAAAAUUUGCAGCUUUUUUAUACGCGUUGAAUCCCGAAUAGCGUUUGUAACAGUAAUGUGUACACUUAGGUAAUUUUAUAUUUAAGUUUACAUACACAAAUCGUACAUCAGACAAGAAUUUGCAAGAAAAUUACAUUUAGAACAUUGAUAAUAAAUCUUACUAUUACGGA